UACUUUUAUUUUCUUAUAUAAGAUUUUUUAAAAUUGAAACUGUCAGUGAAAACUUGUUUUUCUCAGAGAUUAUAUAAACAUUUGAAACUCAGUUUGUCCUAAAAUACAUUCUCACUAAAUUUUUGCAAUAAACUUUGUUAGCUCACAAAUUAUCUCAAGUUUUGAUAGCAAAGAAUUUCUUUUUUUUCUAUGUAAAUGCUAUUUCAGUGUGAUUUUCUCUACUUUUCCCUCCUGCCUCACAAAAUUAGCCACAUCUGUAUCUUUUCAGUACAUUCGCUUUCUAGUACAAAUGGUGCUGCAGUAAUUUGGUUUUUAUUAGAUUAAAAGACCAGGUAUAUGAGAUGUUUAGUGGCUCAUAUACUAUUGGAAAGCUGCUGUUGGAAAUAAAAGGUGUUGAGAUGUGAAAAAGGAGUGGAAUGUGCCAAAUGAGAAUUGCAAGGCCUUGAGGUGUGUGCAGAACACUGGGGGCACUUGGUGUGUGCAGGUUUUAUUUGAAUGUGGAGGUGCAAAAAUUGAGUGUUGGACUGUGAGAGCAAGGUGGAAUUACCCCUGGCCAGAAUGCAGCUUAUGGGCUCUUAUUUGGAUCAAAAAGCUUGAUUUUAUUGAAGCUUUCAUUCAUUUGGCUACUUUAAAACCAACCCAAAAAUUGCCUUACAGGAAGGGGUUUGAUCUGUAGAAUUUGACUUGCUGUUGUCUAGAGAUUACAGAUCUUGAGCUUCUUCUGAAAUAUUGUUUUCCUGAAAUAUUUUGCAAUAUUUUCCUGUUGUUUCCCUGAAAUAUUCUGUGUGUUUGACCCAAGGCAGCACUAAAAAUCGAGUUUGGAUUUGAUUUGGUUUGGAUGGAGUGGUUUUAAGGGUAAAUAACUGAAAUUUUUUUUCUGUAAGUAUGUACACAUCAGCUGCUGGAUGGCUUUUAGCUGGCAUUCCCUAAAGAAUUUUGUCUCUCAGUUGUAAGAAAACCUCAAAGUUCUGCAUAUGGGGAAGGUUUCACUGUGUGUGAAAGCUCUUGUAUGUGUAGCUGCUUCAGUCCUGGUUAUUUUUCAUAUCCUGCUCUUGAGAUGUGUUUGGUUUGGUGAGACAGGGGAUUUUUAGUUGGAUUAUUGUUGCUCUGCAGUGAAUCUCCUGUGUUCUGAAACCAUCAUUAAUUUUAGCACUUGAAAAAAUUAAUACUACUCCACUGCUAAUGUAAUUAAUCUCCCUGAAAUAAGUCCUGCUGUCCUAAUUGAAUAUCCACAAAGGAGCUGAGCAUCAUUUAAUUACACUUCUCAAAGUUGUUUUAGUGUAUAAAAAUACCUAAUGGCUUGGAAAGCUUUUUGAAGAUUAUAUUCUCAAUAAAUUGUAUAGGAAUUUGAUUUAAGAUCAAAUGACACUUCUGUGAAGUGUGAGCCACUACCUAGGUUAUAAAUAGGUUUUCAAACCUUUAUGGGGGUUGUUUGUAGACUUCUUUAAAUGUCAAUUUUUUUCAUGUAGUAACUUCUUUGCAGCUCUGCUGAGGAUUUAAAACUAAUUUAGUGAUUACAAAGAAUAACAAAGCAGGAAGCUGGUGUUUUAUUGCUUCAUCUGCCUCCCUGACUUCCUGGAAAUUGAUAGUAGAAAUCUUCCUGGGAGGACACUGGGACAUGUUAGUGCCAUGGUGUUUUCAGGAACAUCACUGAGGUCACCCCAGCUAUCUGGGAACAGACCUCUUAGUGCUUGUCUUGACACAGGCUGGACCACAGACUGUUCUAAAAAAUAAUUGAAAAAACCCCAAGUGUCUUGAAUUUUGUAAUCUUAAAAUGAACAGGGGGAAGAAUUAAAUAUUUGCUUGGGGGCAACAAAUGACUUUGCUAAAAAUAUAGGAUUUUUGGGGGGAAGAAAUAAGUAGGAAAAACUGAAUAUGAUGUAGAAAUUAUCCCAACUAGGUGGGGAAUCCUUUUCUGUAGAGGUUUGUGGGGGUGUUUUGGGAUUAAUUGAAGGAGUGUGCUUUGGGGUGAAACCUGUUCUACACCUGUCAUGGCUGGUUUUUAAUGGCAAUGUCAACGUGGAAUCCUUUACCCAGGUGAAAGGAGGAGUGUGCUUUGUGUUUUGUGGGUUUGGGCACGUGGCUUUGUGGCUUUUGUUGCCCUCAAAGCCCGUGGGAUGUUGUGUUUUGCAGUGGGGGUGAUCCGGUGCCCCAUCUGCCGCCAGGAGUGCCGGCAGAUCGACCUGGUGGACAAUUACUUUGUGAAGGACACGUCCGAGACCCCCAGCAGCUCUGAUGAGAAAUCAGAACAGGUGUGCACCAGCUGUGAGGACAAUGCCAGUGCUGUGGGGUUCUGUGUGGAGUGUGGGGAGUGGCUGUGUAAGACCUGCAUAGAAGCUCACCAGCGAGUCAAGUUCACUAAAGAUCACAUGAUCAGGAAAAAAGAGGAUGUGUCAUCAGAGGCCGUGGGAGCAUCUGGUCAACGUCCUGUUUUCUGCCCUGUCCACAAACAAGAGCAGUUAAAACUUUUCUGUGAAACCUGUGACAGGCUGACAUGCAGAGACUGUCAGUUACUGGAACACAAAGAACACAGGUACCAGUUCCUGGAAGAAGCUUUUCAGAACCAGAAGGGUGCAAUUGAGAACCUGUUGGCCAAACUUCUUGAGAAGAAGAAUUAUGUAAAUUUUGCAGCUGCUCAAGUUCAAAACAGGAUAAAAGAAGUAAAUGAAACCAACAAACGAGUAGAACAGGAAAUCAAAGUGGCUAUAUUCACCCUCAUCAAUGAAAUCAAUAAAAAGGGAAAAUCUCUCCUACAGCACCUUGAGAACGUCACAAAGGAGAGGCAGAUGAAGUUGUUACAGCAGCAGAACGACAUCACGGGUCUGUCCCGACAAGUGAAGCACGUGAUGAACUUCACGAACUGGGCGAUCGCGAGUGGCAGCAGCACCGCCCUGCUCUACAGCAAACGCCUGAUCACAUUCCAGCUGAGGCACAUUCUGAAGGCACGGUGUGAUCCUGUCCCAGCUGCCAACGGAGCCAUCCGCUUCCAUUGUGACCCCACCUUCUGGGCCAAGAACGUGGUCAAUUUGGGUAACCUGGUCAUUGAAAAUAAACCAGCCCCUAGUUACACUCCCAAUGUAGUGGUUGGGCAAAGUCCUCCAGGAACAAACCACGUCAACAAAGCUCCAGGACAAAUCAACCUGGCCCAGCUUCGACUGCAGCACAUGCAGCAGCAAGUGUAUGCCCAGAAACACCAGCAGAUGCAGCAGAUGAGGAUGGCCCAGCCAUCCUCUUCAUCCGUGCCCAGGCAGAGCAGCCCCCAAGUCAUGCAGCAGCAGCCUCCCAGGUUGAUCAGCAUGCAGACCAUGCAGAGGGGUAACAUGAACUGUGGGGCUUUCCAAGCACAUCAGAUGAGAAUGGCUCAGAAUGCUGCUCGUAUACCAGGAAUCCCACGCCACAAUGGACCUCAAUACUCCAUGAUGCAACCUCACCUUCAAAGACAACACUCCAACCCUGGCCAUGCAGGGCCCUUCCCAGUGGUGUCAGUGCACAACACCACCAUCAACCCCACCAGCCCCACCACGGCCACCAUGGCCAGCGCCAACCGCGGCCCCACCAGCCCGUCCGUGUCGGCCAUCGAGCUCAUCCCGUCCGUCACCAACCCGGAGAACCUGCCCUCCCUGCCCGACAUCCCUCCCAUCCAGCUGGAAGAUGCUGGUUCCAGUAGUUUAGAUAAUCUGCUAAGUAGAUACAUCACAAGCAGCCACCUCCCCCCACAGCCUACAAGCACCAUGAACCCCUCCCCAGGACCUUCAGCUCUGUCUCCAGGGUCAUCAGGUUUAUCCAACUCCCACACUCCUGUGAGGCCCCCCAGCACCUCCAGCACAGGCAGCAGAGGAAGCUGUGGCUCCUCGGGCAGGACUGCUGACAAAACUGGCAUUGGCUUUAAGGCUGACCAAGUGAAAGUAAAGCAAGAGCCAGGCAUAGAGGAAGAGAUCUGCAGUUUCUCAGGGGCAGUAAAGCAGGAAAAAACAGAGGAUGGCAGAAGGAGUGCUUGCAUGCUCAGCAGCCCCGAGAGCAGCUUGACACCACCCCUAUCCACCAACCUACACCUGGAGAGCGAGCUGGAAGCUUUGGGGAGCCUGGAAAACCACGUGAAGACAGAGCCAGCAGACGUGAGUGAGAGCUGCAAGCAGUCCGGGCACAGCCUGGUGAACGGCAAAUCUCCGGUGAGGAGCCUCAUGCACCGCUCGGCCCGAGUGCCUGGAGAGGGCAAUAACAAGGAUGACGACCCCAACGAGGACUGGUGUGCUGUGUGCCAGAACGGGGGGGACCUGCUGUGCUGUGAGAAGUGCCCCAAGGUGUUCCACCUCACCUGUCACGUCCCCACGCUGCUCAGCUUCCCCAGUGGAGAGUGGAUAUGUACAUUCUGCAGAGACCUGAGCAAGCCUGAAGUGGAAUAUGAUUGUGACAAUUCCCAGCACAGCAAGAAGGGGAAGACUGCACAAGGCCUGAGUCCUGUGGACCAAAGGAAAUGUGAACGCCUCCUGCUUUACCUGUACUGCCACGAGCUGAGCAUUGAGUUCCAAGAGCCAGUCCCAGCCUCGAUACCAAACUACUAUAAAAUCAUCAAGAAACCAAUGGAUUUAUCCACGGUGAAGAAGAAGCUGCAGAAGAAACAUUCCCAACACUACCAGACCCCCGAGGACUUCGUGGCUGAUGUCCGGUUGAUCUUCAAGAACUGUGAAAGGUUUAAUGAAAUGAUGAAAGUUGUUCAAGUUUAUGCAGAAACACAAGAGAUUAAUUUGAAGGCUGAUUCAGAAGUAGCACAGGCAGGGAAGGCAGUUGCAUUGUACUUUGAAGAUAAACUUACAGAGAUCUACUCAGACAGGACCUUCCAGCCUUUGCCUGAAUUUGAGCAGGAAGAGGAUGAUGGUGAAAUAACUGAGGACUCCGAUGAAGAUUUUAUACAACCACGUAGAAAACGCCUAAAAUCAGAUGAGAGACCAGUGCAUAUAAAGUAAUCUAAUGAUAUGGACCUAAAAUCUAUUGUAAAAACUGUUAUUUAAGUGUUCCUGGAAUAUUAUCAUGCCUACAGUGGCCAUCUUGAAGAAGCUGAUAGCUUUUUAAACAGUAUUAGAUAACAAAAAACACUUGUACAGAAAAACAUUCUCAUCAAAAGGGGAAAAAACCUGUAUUGUAAAUUUUUGGUGGUUUGUAUUUUUUUUUUCCUUGAUUACUUGCUAUAUUCUUUCUUUUCCUGAUGGAGGGGACACAUUCCUCCUGGUGUCACAGACAGAGGUGGAGGAAUGUUGAAGAGAAGCAGAUUUGAAUAGGAGAUGUUCCAUGCACAGAUAAGACUGUGUAGUGACACGAUCUGCAGGACUGGACCCACUCAGUGACUGAAGCUUGCAUUGCCCUGCAGUGCCAAGCGUGAGCAGAGCUCCUGAAAUCCCCUCUGUGUCCACUCAAGUGUGUGUUGGUCGUUGCUUUGAUCAUCUCAUUGAAGCAGGAUUGUGAAUAAUUGAUCUUCUGUGUCGAUCCAACUGUUGCCAUUUUGCUUUCUUUACUCCAUUUUAUGUAUAGCAACAGGAAGAAGAAAGAAAAAUCAUUAAACUGUUCUGAAUGGGCGAGUGCAGGAAUGUGGAUUUUUGGCAGGUGAAAGGCUAAGCUGGUGGCUCCAAUCCCUUUCAGUAGGACAAGGUGUAUUUAUUAAAAGUCCUGUACCCAGAACAUUUUAAUGGCAUCCAUGGCAGAAGUCUCAGCGUUGUCAUCUGUCCCUGACCCCCUGACGAGGCAGAAUGUUCUCUCCAGUAUUCAUUCUCUAGUUUUCUGUACUUAAAAUAUAGACUGAAGAGGUAAUAACUGGUUGGGGUGUUUUUCCAGUCUUCCUAAAUAUCAGUUUCUAAUAGACCACUCGGCAAACAAUAACCUAUUAACUACCAAAUGUGUAAAAUUUCCUGUAUUCACUUUGUCUUAUUUGUAAAUAGUGAAUUGAGAUUUCUUGCAGGUCAGCAACAUUUGCUGAACUGUUUUUAAGCUAAUAUGUAUUCUUAUUGAUUGUUCCUAUCAAGAAAAGAUUUGUAAUAUAUGCUAUUUCUAACAUUGCAUUCAUUUUGAGGUUCUGUCUUAUUUUUCUUAGAGUACUUCUCAGAAUUUUCUUCAGAAGCAGCUUGUGAGGGAAACGUGCAGGAAGAUUGGAAUCAGUCUGAGUUUGGGUUGCCUGUCCAUGCAUUGAACAAAGCACUUGCACAGGGUUUGGCCUUGAGUGGUUUUUGGUCAGAGUGAGAAUGGAACAAUUUCCCAAUUCCCUCAGUAGCCCCUGAGGCACCUCUGCAGUGCCUUUCCCUUGCACUGCCUCCAUCCCAGCAUUCCUGGUUAGAAAUCAUGGAACCACAAGGAGUUACAGCUCAAGAAGUUGUUUUCUUUACUUUUUACAAGUCAAGAAAUACAAUUUCUGGCCUUCAUGUUGAUCUUGUUAAAGGAAGUUGAAGAAUUGAUGGAACCAAGGAGCUCGAGGUGGCAAUGUCAGUUUGCCAUCCUUUGUGUGAUCCAGCAGUUGUGUGGGAGAUCCCUGGGCCUUGGUGUACUCAGAAUUCCUGUGACAUUGAACACGCUUUGCCAUCAUGGUAAAGAGAAAUAUUUUAGCACAAUAUCCAAUUGAGAAAUGCUCUCAGCAGUCUUUAUGCAAAUCACUGCAGAUUUGGUUUCUUUUUUAAGAACCAGGUCUGUGUACCUUGGGAUUCUCCCUCUUGCAAUAAAUGAGGGGACUGAAGAUAUUUGUAACUUCCAGCUCACUUCUUUACUCAAAUGUUACACUUCAAACUCAAACUGGUUGGUUUUGGUUUUUUUUUUCAUUUCUUAGACAUUAACAGUGCUGUUUUAAGUUUAUUUUUUACCAGUUUGUAUGUGAAAGGAAAAGGAAUUCCACUUCAACAUAUUAAAUUGACAAAGAGCAACAACUUUGCCCGUGGAAAGGCUGAUGUGUGAAUAGGACACUGGUAGUGACAAGGGAUCAUUUCAUGGCUCUGUGUAUUGCCUAUUUAUGCAUUUCUAGUUUCUCAGCUUCAUUUUGCAAAAGGAAUAUUAUUAAAAUUAUCAUGAAAAUAA